AUGCUUUUCCGGAACAUCAGCUUCGCCCCGCGCUCAGUGAUUUCCAUCCCCCGUCGUCACUUUGCAGCUCUCACGUCUUUGACGAACGUCCAGCAGGCAAACGGAGCUCGAAACCAUGAAGCACAGCAACGUGGCGAGCUGAUUUAUGCCCCCUCAGGCUCAGACGACGGACGAUUUUACAUUGAGCAGCUGAACGAGCACUGGCGCUCAGCAGUGGCAGGCCAGAAUUUCAAUCAGGGCGAUGUUAUUGGCUCGGCCCCUGGAACUCUGUACUCAAAGCCCACUCGGUUCACGGUGCAGAUCACCCCAGAAAAGCACAUUGACUUUACUGGCGGACUUGAGUUUGUGAACCAUAGUUGUGAUCCCAAUACGCGCAUCGAUGUGGUGGAGAGUGAGGCGAUAGUGUCGUUUGUGGCUAUCAAGCCGAUCAAAGAGGGCAACCAUCUGACUUUUGACUACUCUACGAGCGAGUGGGACAUGGAUGAGAAAUUUGACUGCCGCUGUGGAUCACCAAGAUGCAGUGGCUACAUUCGCGGUGCGAAAUACCUCUCGGACCAAGAGGUGAAUGAGCGCUUGCCGUACUUCACGCCGAGCGUGUUGCGCCAGUUGCUUGAACGGAAGCUGACGAACUGA